AUGGGCUCCACCUCAUCCUGGUCAACGCAGCACGGAUCCCGCUCUCGUUCUUCUUCUCCACCCAUCACCACCACCACCACCAUCACCACCACCGCCUUCACCGCCGUCUCCUUCUUCACCCGCACCACCUCCGACACCACCUGCGCCACCCCACCGUCCGCCACCUCGCGACCUCGACCUCCAACACCCACCCUCGACCUCAUUCGCAUCCCUCUCGUCCCUUUUACCUCCAACACACCUCUGCCGUCGCCUCAUCCGCACACGCUUCACACCCACCACCACCUUCUCCUUCUCUUCACACGCAAGCACAAUGUCCGCCGCUCCCGUUGCUGGUACGUAGGCCCCUCCACAUUCGCACUCUUCUCUCUCCAAACGACGAUACUGACCUCUCCCGCGUCCUGCUUUGUGAUCUUGACAGAGAACAAGCCCGAGGCUGUCGCCGCUUCCCCCGAGGCCGGCAACGCUGCCGCUGCCACCUCCCCCGCUGCCGCGCCCGCCGCUGACGCCGCUGCUCCCGCCGACGACUCCGCCGAGGCUGUUGCCGCCGACCCCAACGCCACCCUCCUCGUCCGCGCGCUCGUCUCCACCAAGGAGGCCGGCAUCAUCAUCGGCAAGGGUGGCGCCAACGUCGCAGAGCUCCGCGAGCAGACCGGCGUCAAGGCCGGCGUCUCCAAGGUCGUCCCCGGCGUCCACGACCGCGUGCUCUCCGUCACCGGCACGCUCCAGGGCAUCUCGGACGCCUUUGCGCUCAUCGCCAAGACCAUCCUCGAGAACCCGCUGAGCGCUGCCGCCGCUCCCGUCAACGCAGACGGCUCCCCCGCCGCCGCCGCCGCCGACGCCGCCGCCCAGUCCACCUCGGUGCGUCUGCUCAUCUCGCACAACUUCAUGGGCACCGUGAUCGGCCGUCAGGGCCUCAAGAUCAAGCACAUCCAGGACCUCUCGGGCGCGCGCAUGGUCGCCUCCAAGGAGAUGCUGCCCCAGUCCACCGAGCGCGUCGUCGAGGUGCAGGGCUCCGUCGACGCCAUCCGCGUCGCCAUCCUCGAGAUCGCAAAGUGCCUCGCCGAGGACUGGGACCGCUCCAACAACGUCGUCCACUACCAGCCCGGCCAGGCCGACGGCCCGGGCAUCCUCGCCGCCGGCGGCAUGGGUGGCCUCCAGCAGCAGGGCUCGCGUCGCCAGGGCGGGCCCGCCUACCUCGCCGGCGCCAUGGGCAACCUCAACCUCAACGCCAACGCCGCCGCCACCCCGGCUGCGUUUGGCUCCAACAACCGCCGCACGGACGCGUCCAACCCGCGCCGCACCGAUCCCAACGCCGUAGUCACCCCGGGCGGUGGCCUUGUGGCGGGCGCUACCACCAACUCGGCCACGGCGGGCGAGCCCAAUGCGUCGGCUCCGCCGCUCGUCGACGCGGCCAACCUGCGCACGCAGAACAUCUCGAUCCCCUCGGACAUGGUCGGAUGCAUCAUCGGCAAGGGCGGCUCCAAGAUCACCGAGAUCCGCCGUCUGAGCGGCUCGAGGAUCAGCAUUGCCAAGGUGCCGCACGACGAGACGGGCGAGAGGAUGUUCACCAUCCAGGGCACGCCCGAGGCCAAUGAGAAGGCGCUCUUCCUCCUCUACAACCAGCUCGAGACCGAAAAGGAGCGUCGCCAGAAGCAGGGCACCAACGGCGCCGCCGACGAGGAUACCCAGGCCACCAACGCCGCCGCGCCCGCCACCAGCGCCUGA